CCAACUAUAUGGGAAGAUGAGGCUCUGCUACUCAACCUUUUGAGACUUACAGCCACUCUCCCACGCCCGCUUUGAGCUCGCUUUCAUACCCAUACUUACGUACAUGUCUCGUGUCUACCUUUCCUUCUUUUUCUUGUUCUCCUUACCAUCUAGUACUUCAUGAAAAAUUGCCUUCGUGAUGGCCCAACAGUUUGCACAACUCCCACCUUUCCCCCGACUCCAUCCAGCAACUCCAAUAUGGAUGAAGAACACAGAUACGGGCUUGCCCCUCAUGCAGGGCCGAGUGGCCAUCUUAGAAAACUAUUUACGCGAGACCGGCACUAUUCCCGCUAAAGAACAGGUGCUUUACGGAGAGGAAAUUGGCCAUGGUUUUUUUCGUUGGCAAGACGAACCUCCCCGUGGAGCUAAGCAUGAGCAUAACUCUAAGGGAUAUGACGACGCAGGGUACCUGGUACGCAAGACCUCCAAUGGCGGCAAUGCGCCAUGGACAGUACACUCGAUAGUUGUCCAAAGCCCUCACAUCAUGGAAAUUCUUCGGCGCUGUUUAGACGGAUACCCUGGAGUCUCGCCGGCCCUUGACACGAUAAAAUUGCAAAGUCCCUUUGAACCGAUGUUUCAUCGUUGGGGCGAAUUCCGCAGGGCGAUCGAGUUAGCUGAUGAGAACGUGAAACGACACAUUGAUGGUUUCGUUAAGGUUCUAGAAAAGGAAUUGAUGCCAUACUUCAAAAUCUUGCAAGAUGCAGAUAAGCAUGGAGUCAUCGAGUACAGUCACCUGUGGUUAUUAUUUGGACCCAAUGAGGCUGUCUGGUGGGACCUUCAACGGAACCAUGUCGUCGGAAAGGUGUUGGAUACCUACCAGCAGGAAUCUCAAUUCUCGAUACUUUGCAAGCAGAGGAUCUGGGAUGGGUUUGCGCUGCAAGACCAGGUGUGCCAACUAUGCGUUUGUCCAUUCACCGGAAGCCGUCCCAUCGCAGAAUUGAAUGUCGUUCCACUAUCAAGAAAGCCCAACGGAAUAGCCAUCAGAGAAGCAGUCUUGAAACGUGGGGAAAAGUUCAUUGCUCUUACUGGGUGCCAUUACAAAGAAUACUUGGGCUUGGGUAUGGCCAAAAAACAACAGAUGGAAGAUAAACCACAAUGGGAUGGGAUAUCUGGGCGCAUUGUCGUGGACGCUGCUAUGUGGGAUGGGAAGGUCAGAGACCGUCAGAAAACCCAAGUGAUAGACCCAGUAACCAUAGACGAUUCCGAGCGUCUCAUAUGUAGUCCCCUAGUUAGAGGAUACUCCUUGUCAAAGAAGAAGUGGUACGAUCUGUUUGUGAGCAACAUAUCCGACAUUACUUGGGAUAAUUCAUUCGACCGCUUGGUUCUUGGAACAAACGAGAAGGAACUUCUUCUCGGAUUUGCCGAAACGAAGCUGCAGCAAUCGACUCAGUUUGACGAUGUUGUCGCUGGGAAAGGAAAUGGGGUCAUAAUACUUCUCGCCGGACCUCCGGGGGUGGGGAAGACUUUGACUGCCGAGUCGAUUGCGGAUCAAAUGCGCGUUCCACUCUACCCACUCAGCGCUGGCGAAUUGGGGAUAUCCCCAGAGACGGUAGAACGCCAGCUAUACCAGGCACUUACCCUUUGCCAGGAGUGGGAUGCCGUGUUACUUCUUGACGAGGCAGAUGUAUUCCUAGAAAAGAGAAACAAGUCGAAUUUGCAAAGGAAUGAGUUGGCGUCCAUAUUCCUAAGACUACUAGAAUACUUCAAGGGUAUGAUGUUCUUGACGACGAAUAGGAAAGAUAGUAUCGACGUCGCGUUCCAAUCGAGGAUAGACUUGACAAUUCCUUUCAGCCAACUUUCGAAAGAUUCUCGAUUGAGUGUAUGGAAGAACUUUAUCGGGAAAGAGGCAUAUUUCCAGGAUGAGGCCCAGGGUGAGAGUAGAUUACGUGGUCUUGCUUCUCAUGACAUGAACGGGAGACAGAUCAAAAAUGUGGUAAAGCUGGCCAAAAUGUUGGCAACCCGGAGGAAGCAGCCGCUUGAUGAUGACCAUUUAAGCGCAAUUUUAGAGAUGUACAAGCAGGACUGAGCAGGACUAAAUACUAUAUAGGAUC